CGGUGAGCGGCGCUAGAGCAGGGGCCGGCCGGAGCGGGGCGCGCGCAGCAUGGCGGAAGCGGAAGGGAGUUCGCCGCUCCUGUUGCCGCCGCCGCCACCCCCGCCCGGGAUGGCGGAAGUGGAGGUGCCGACGGCGGCCGAGACGGACAAGAAGCCUUUCAGCGGCUCGGGCGGCAGCACCAUGGACGUGGACCGGAGCCGUUUUCCCUACUGCGUGGUGUGGACGCCCAUCCCGGUGCUCACGUGGUUUUUCCCCAUCAUCGGCCACAUGGGCAUCUGCACAUCCACGGGAGUCAUUCGGGACUUUGCCGGCCCCUACUUUGUCUCGGAAGACAACAUGGCCUUCGGGAAGCCUGCCAAGUACUGGAAGCUGGAUCCUGCUCAGGUGUACGCUAGCGGGCCCAAUGCAUGGGACACAGCCGUGCACGACGCCUCCGAGGAGUACAAGCACCGCAUGCACAGUCUCUGCUGUGACAACUGCCACUCACAUGUGGCGUUGGCCUUGAACUUGAUGCGCUAUAACAACAGCACCAACUGGAACAUGGUGACGCUCUGCUUCUUCUGCCUGCUGUACGGGAAGUACGUCAGAGGCAGGGUUCUGGGCAGGUGGCCUCCGUGGUGGCCGGGGAGGACCUUUGAAACCACAGCCUCAACCUGUAAGGUCAAAGGCAUUAUUCCAGUUUUUAGCGUGGGGGCCUUCGUGAAGACCUGGCUGCCGUUCGUCCUCCUCCUGGGCAUCAUCCUAACUGUCAGCCUCGUCUUCAACCUUCGGUGAUGGCUGCCUCCUGGCCCUGAGCCCACCAGGUUCCUGAGGAGGCAGUCGCCACCCUUUUUGGUUCCAGAUUUUUUCUUCUCACCCCAAAAGGCAGGGAUGGGUUUGCUCGUUUUGACCCAGUGGUCUGGGCCAGAUGGACUGAACAAUGGCUGAAGAGGAACAUGGGGCGGGGGGUGUUUGCUUGUUGUGUCUCACUGGUCACUGAGAAGCUCCCUGUCCCCUCCUUCCCAGACUUGUGACACCCGCCCUUGAGGUACCCUCUUUGGUCACCUGUUGGAAAGGCCUUAGCUUGCCUCUGUAGAGCUACUCCUGCCACUGCCCACUGGGCUCCCUCUGCCUCAGCCCAGUGCCCGGUGGGGAAGGGGAGCACGUUUGGACCACCGGACAAGGCCGCACAGGGGCCAGAGCUGGAUUUGGAGCGCAGCCGCCUGCCAGGGCUCUGGUCCCAGGGUGGGUGGAGUACACUGAGAAGUUUCCAUAAGCUAAGCUGCCCUGGGACCUUCACCACUAGUCUCUAGAAUGGUCUAAUAGGACUGGGUGGGCCCCCAGUCAGAUGUCUACCAGAAGCUGCACUAGGGGCAGUUCGUGCCCCAUCUCCUGGUGUCCUCCAGCCCCUGCAGACCCUGCUUCCUCUUCUCCCUGGGCUUCCCAGCACGUGAGUCCAUCUCCCCCUGCAGUUGGGGGUCGGGGCUCCCCCAGCCAGCCCAGGGAGAUGAGUGAUGCUGACAUGCCCUGAGUGACCCUCUGUAGACCAGAGCAAUGUAAACGGAGCUUGGCUUCAGCCCCAGGCAUGGGCCUUGCACAGGCGCACUGCUGAUGGCCGCAUGGGUCCGGGAUGCUGGGGGCCAGCCAUCAGGGCAGCCAGUGCCGUCAGGGAGCGGGAGGGGAGCUGUUUCCUCCCACCUGCCACAGUUCCCCUUAACUUCAAGUUGUGGAAAGGGCAUGUGCGGCCCCUCACCCCUGCUCUGAGGAUUCCUUGCGCGGGGCUCUCUGGGCAAUAAAGAGUUUGACUCCA